UAUAUAUCUCUCUCAACAUUGUUUCGCCUUAUAUAUCGCAGCUCGGAGCUUGCCUUCAGAUGCAGCUUCCUCCGCCAGCUCCCUUCAACCUCCAUUGCGCCUCCGCCGCAUUCCCGCCGCCGAUUCUCACUGCAAUCCUCUUCAAAACCUUCGACUAUUCUAAAUCCUCCUCCAAUUUUCGUUGAUCUACUGGUGAAGAUCGACUCAUCAGUCGCCAUACUUCAGUAAUGCACCUUUAAUUUAACCAUUUCCCCUCGAUUUUCCGUCGGCUGGAGCAAUUAUCUAGUUGAAUCUGCCAGCAAUUUAAUCAGACUUCCCCAAUUUUGGUGCAAACUGUGCAUAGACGAAGUGGUCAGGCAAAUUGCAGUUGUGAGAGAGAGAGAGGGAGAGAGGCUAUUCGAAGGAAUGUGUAGAUUGAAGGACUGCGAAGAGAGCAAGCGGAGGAGGAAGUGGGGGAUAAUGGGGCUCAAAACGGCGGCGUUUGCUGGCGACAAGCUGGAGAAGCUGAGAAACAGUGGCGUCGUGUCGCGAUCGAGGAUGAAGCUUUGGAUAAUCAGAGCGACUACGUCGAUUUUGGUGUGGACUUGCUUAGUUCAGCUGACGGCAUUGAGCGAGACUCGGGGGCUUCGUGUUUUGAAGGGCUGGCCGUCUUGCUUCUCGCAGGAAUCGGCGGCGGCGGCGGCUUUGGAUGCUCAGUCGCAUCUAGCGAGGGUUUUGCCUCCAAAGAGGGUUUACAAGAACAACGGUUACUUGAUGGUUUCGUGCAACGGAGGGCUUAAUCAAAUGCGUGCUGCGAUAUGCGACAUGGUUGCCAUUGCAAGAUAUCUUAAUGUUACAUUGGUGGUUCCUGAACUUGACAAGACUUCGUUCUGGAAUGAUCCUAGUGAGUUCGAAGACAUAUUUGAUGUCGACCAUUUCAUUACAUCCUUGAGAGAUGAAGUUCGGAUACUCAAGGAGCUGCCUCCGAGGCUCAAGAGGAGGGUCGAGCUGGGGAUCAUCUAUACCAUGCCCCCUGUUAGUUGGUCAGAUAUUUCGUACUAUCACAAUCAGAUUCUUCCACUGAUCCAGAAAUAUAAAGUUGUCCAUUUGAACAGAACAGAUGCUCGGCUUGCCAAUAACGAUCAGCCUAUGGACAUUCAGAGGCUCCGUUGCAGAGUUAAUUUUGGUGUUUUGAGGUUUACACCUCAGAUAGAGGAACUGGGCAGAAAAGUCAUUAAAAUUCUUAGGCAAAAUGGUCCAUUCAUCGUGCUUCACCUGAGAUACGAGAUGGACAUGCUAGCCUUCUCUGGUUGUACACAGGGUUGUGGUGCGGACGAGGUGGAGGAACUAACACAAAUGAGAUACGCCUACCCGUGGUGGAAAGAGAAGGUUAUAGAUUCUGAUAUGAAAAGGAGAGAAGGUCUAUGUCCUUUGACACCUGAAGAAACUGCCCUCACGUUACGGGCACUGGACAUUGAUCGUAAUAUCCAGAUUUACAUAGCUGCUGGGGAAAUCUAUCGAGGAGAAAGAAGACUUUCUAGUCUCAGAGCAUCAUAUCCAAAUCUGGUGAGGAAGGAAACAUUGUUGGACUCUUCCGACCUUAGGUAUUUCCAGAAUCACUCGUCUCAGAUGGCGGCUCUUGAUUAUCUCGUUUCCCUGGAGAGUGAUAUCUUUGUUCCCACGUACGAUGGCAAUAUGGCUAAAGUCGUUGAAGGGCAUCGCAGACAUCUUGGAUACAAGAAGACCAUUUUACUCGACAGAAAGCUGCUAGUCAAAUUGAUAGACAAGUAUAACUCCGGGUCACUGAAUUGGGAUGAAUUUUCUACUGCUGUUAAAGAUGCUCACGCUGAACGCAUGGGAAACCUGACCAGGAGAUUAGUGAUUCCCGACCGACCUAAAGAAGAAGAUUACUUCUACGCCAACCCCUACGAGUGUUUGGAAACGCAGAGUGAAGACGAACCACAAGAACUGACUAGUAUUUGAAACCUUGAUACAAAUGAGGAGCUGUGCGAUGGAUCGGGAUCAGAGCGGAGCGAGAAGAUCGAUCUCAAAAGGGCGGGUUUCGAUUGGAAGGGCGCUUACAGAAAGGCCACAAGAGGGGGUUUGGGAAGUGCUACUUGAUGAAGUUGUUCUUUUUAUCCAACUCAAUAAUUACAAUUCUUGUAUAGAGAAAAUCCACCCUCUCAUUUCAAUGCGGUUUAUAUCGACUCCUCUGCAUUUGUACACAGAGAAGCAAAUAUAGAUUUGAUUUUACUGCCAAACUCUCAACCCUCUUUCCUCUCAUUUUUCUCAUAAUUCUCUUAUUCUUUUCAAGAUCUUGAUUUGUUCUUUUGUAAUGUAAAAUUUGACUAUGUGUCUGUUACAUAUUUUAUACGUUUAAUUUUUGUGA